CCCAAUCCCCCAAUUUCAGGGUGUUCCCCUGCCCCAGAGCGAGGCCAAUGCCAUGGACGUCGUCGUUCGCUUCGCGCUGCAGCAGCUCCGCUUCCCCCCCCAAAAAAUCAUCAUCUAUGCCUGGAGCAUCGGGGGCUUCACCGCCACCUGGGCCGCCAUGUCCUACCCCGACCUGGGGGGGCUCGUCCUCGACGCCUCCUUCGACGACCUGGUGCCCCUGGCCCUGAAGGUGCUGCCCCGCAGCUGGCGUGAGUCCCUGACCCCCCCAAACCCCCCUGACCCCCCCUGA